AAAAAGGACAAACUCCGACUGCGACGGACAAUCAAAACUGCUGAAAGGAUUGUCGGUACCCCCCUACCCGCCCUUGAGGACUUGCACGCUGCCAGAACUAAGACAAGAGCGUGCAAAAUCCUCUCGGACCCUCCGCAUCCCGGUCACCGGCUCUUCCGGCUCCUUCCCUCAGAGCAACCCAGGAGCCAAUCAUGUUGCAGCGGGGCGUGUCCUACCUAGAAACCUCGUGGGAAUCCUAAUCACGCCCCGCCGCCGUGCAACACUGUGAGAAACAAGCGACAAUCCAAACUGUUGCUGUGGUGACGCAAACAAAACACACACACACACACACACACACACACACACACACACGCAGUGUUUAAGUAACUGACCUUAUCUUGGCUCGAGGUAAGUUGUCUUGUUUUAACUUGUAUUACUUCUUAACAAAUAAGAUUACAGUCAUCGUUUUUUUGUGCAAUGUUGUGAAAACGUUUGAAUUUCUGCGUUGACGUCAUCGUUGUGUUGAACGCUCCUCAUUGGUUUGAUUGACAGCUCGGCCGUGAACAUGACAGCGGGGGCGGUGGCGCCCCCCCGCAUUAUUCCCAUCAAAUUACCGGCAUCGAAGAACCACGUUGACACCAGCACGCGUGUGUGCAUUCAGUCGGACACGGGUGACGCGUUGCUUUUCUACACACUGGACGGCUCCAAGCCUGCGGCCCGGCCACCAUCGGGACGAGGCGGCCCAGGCGGCGGCCGCCGCUACGUUUCGCCCUUCCUGCUGCCGAGCGGCCGAGUGUGCGUCAGAGCCGUGGCCGUCACCAGCGACGGCCGCCAGAGCGCUGCUGUCGCCAAAGUCUUCUUUGUCACAGAGGCAGACCCUUUGCAACAGCAGGUGAGUCAGGAAGAAGGAUUGCAUGACAACGUCAUGACUUCACCUCAAGGGUCAAAGGUGACGGGCAGCGCCCGGUCCGAAUCGGGUCCUCGCCGGGCGCCGCCCGCGAGCGGUUCCACCCGCUCUCAUUCAGAGAACGCAGCCGCGCCGAGGCACCGGAGCGCCGCGUGUGAGGCAGACGCUCGCUUCCGAAGGUGUGUGCAGUGUUCGUCUUUGCGCCGUCGUGACGACUCGAUGAGUUUGUGUAUUGUGUGUGGCGUUUCGGUGCCCCCUUUGCCACGACGCGGGACGCCCCCUAUUGACGGGGGACAGCUGGUGUGUUGUGUGAUGUGCGACGCUGAAAUUCCAGUCAACACUCACGUUUGUUCCACAUGCCGCGCCCCCGUCUGGCAGAAGCUCCGCCCCCGACUGGAGGGUGACGUUUUGUGUGCGUGUUGUGGACGAGGAAACCCAACUGACCUGUCAAACUGUUUGACGUGUGAGACCUGCCUACACACGACAGCAUUAGAGGGGAACAGCGCCCCCUUUGUGCGCGUCUCACCCAACAGGAAGUUGUCCUGCUCCAAAUGUGGACGUCUGAACCGCAUCGACGCUCGCCACUGCGACUGGUGUGGCACAAAGUGCGAACAGGCCGUGACAUGCGUGUCGUGCGUGAUCUGCGGCGCCGGCGGCUCUCCCCAGGCCGUCGUCUGCGCCGUGUGUGGCCACUUCCUGGACGCUGCGCCCACUUCCUGUCGUGACGCCACAACACCAACUUACCAGGCCAGCCCGCCCACCGCCGAGCAGUACACGCAGACAUCGAGACCGCAUUUCGUGUCAGCCGCAAAGUUCCGCCAGCAGGAGCAGCAGAAGUCGCUACGCGAAGACAGACGACCGCCGCACACCGCCAUCAGCCCGGGACGAGGUUACUGGCGGACGCAGCUGGAUCACGUGUGCGCUCACCUGAGGAGUUUUGCCCAGAACAACGCUCCCUUCAGGACUCUCCUGGGAGAGCCUCGCCUCGGCCGGAUGGUCUCGGGUGUGCUUCAAGAAGGCGCUCGCGAGGUCACGCUGACACUCGGCUUCAAGGACGUCGGAAAGGAAGCGAAACAGGAAGUUGCUUCUGAAGCUGUCGACAAGAUGGCGGCCACGACGAAGACAUGCCGAGGAAGUGGAAGCAACACAAGCGUGAUGGUGAGGGACGUCCAGCUGCUCCAGGAAUUGGGUCCGGGUCCCACUCGUGGUCGCGUGGGCGUCGUCCAGCAGCUCCUGGAUCAGGGGGCGGACCCGGGCUGCUGCGAUAGCGACGGACGCUCCGCCACCGUGAUGGCCGCCGUCAACGGGCACCACGCAGUCUUGCCGCUUCUGUUGCAGCGUGGCGCCGAUGUCGACCGCCCGUCUGGCCAGAUGAAGAACACGGCGCUGCACGAGGCCGCCGCACUAGGACCUCAAGGUCUACGCUGUGCACACGUUCUCAUCAGCUGCAACGCCGCCACGGGACUGCGUAACAAAGAUGGCCGUACGGCCUACGACGUGGCUGCCGCGAGCGGGUGCGCCGCCAUGAUGUCCCUGCUGAAUGGCUCCGCCUCUUUGGAAGGGGUGGGGCUUCCACCUGACUAAGAGCUACAUUUAAACUAGCUCAGGUUAUGCUAGCUUCACGCAAGCCAAUGCUAUUUGGUAGGGAUGGUAGGAGAUGUGCCGAGUCUUCGAGGCGUGUGUCGAGUAAUGGAGGGGGCGUUUCCACAAAGCGCGUAUUGAGGCUUGCUUCAUUUAGGGGCGGACCCGGAAGUUAUGACGUCCGAUGCCUCGCUGUCCGGCUGUACCACGUGACCGAUUCGGGAAGCGCUUCAGCGUUUGCCAGCAAUCGAAACCCGUCCUGCAGGCUCCAUUCAAAAUGUGUGUGUGUUUUAUAUAGAGCUGCGGUCAGCUCAGUUUGGAUAAAGGCUAGUUUGGAGUGUGUUGACAGCAUAGCUUGGACAGUAGAGAUAGCGAGCGAUUCCAUUUACGUCACUCCUCGAAUUUUUUUUUUGUUUUUUUAAAUCAAAAACUGCAUUUUCCACUUAUUUUAUUCAUGGGGAAAGUAUUAUGUUCACAGAAAGCAAGUUCAAAUAAAAUCUCACUGGGAGAGGCGAAAUUACUGUACCCCAGUUUAAAAAAUCUUGCUCUUCAAUGACUCACUUAACACAAAAAUUAUGAUAAACUGUUUUCUAAAUAAGUACUUUCAAAAUCCUCUGCCCUCUUAAGCCCAUGCCAUUUUCGCAAAGUGAUAAAAAAAAAAAACAUGACACAACCUGCCAUACCAGUGAUGAACAUUUUAAACACAGAAUACGUUCAAAGAGAAUAUAUUUGACACUUUAUGUUGGGAAAUUACUUGGUCAAACAUUGUUUUGUCAUACAUCGUCAUUCACAAGAGGCAAAAAUGCAACGCAGCACAUACUGUAUGAGGUGAGGUAAAGGUCCAGCUGCCUGUGAUGAUGCACAUGGCCAGCAGGUGGUCUCGUGGGCAAUGCAGCAAUCAAGAAAUGAACCAUUACUCCAA